UGGAGCACACUCUUAUCUGCUGUUGUCACAAACCUCUUAAAAACAAAAAUUAUGCAAUUUUUACACCCUAUUUCAUUUCAAUGAGUUUAAUCAAACGGAAUUAACCGCCACUGAGAUGUCAAGAUAUUAGAAAGUUUGGAAUGUGUUGCUUAUAUUAAUGCGUUUGUGACUAGCACAGGAAGGGUUCGUAAAAUGGAAUUAUUUAGAAAAAAAAUGAAAUAAAGAUCUGCAGUGUAUAGAUUACAGGAAUCGAUCAUGGCUAUCCGUGAACGACAUAUGCUUUCAAGAUUGCUUCUUCGAUUUGGAUUGUUUCACCUCACGAUCAAACACUUUGUGGUAUCAGCACACACAUCAUGUCCACAAAACUCAUUUCGACCCUGUAACUGCGAGUGUUAUGAAAAUACGACGCACCUAUUUAUCAUUGAUUGUUAAUCAAAGUCAUUGAAUGAGUUACCAACAUUUGGUAACGUUUCACUCAUUGUCAUCAUAGAGCUUAAUCUCGCAAACAACAAUCUCUCGCGCUUAACUGCAUCACCAUUUGCAGGAUUCGUGAAUAUGAAGACAUUGGAUUUGAGUAACUCCUCUAUAUCAAUGAACGGAUCGAAAGGAUCUGUAAUCAAUGCUACAACAUUUGCAGCACUCGAUUUUCUAGAGGAGCUUGACGUUUCAAACAACCACAACCUGCCUUUCACAAAUUUGACAGAUCCAAACCUCUUCAAUUACUUGACAUCUCUGAAAAUACUAAAAAUGUAUGGAACCACACAUGUAUUGAAUGCAACAGGGGGCUAUCCGAAUAAGCUGUGGUCUAAUGUGCCCAAACUGGAAGAAAUCUGGAUAGAUGGACUACCAUUUGGAGUGUCUGGAGAAGAGUUUAAAGGAAUGCCAAACUUGAAAAAUAUCCGCAUUUCUGGCGAUUUAAUAGAUCCACUGUGGCUGGCUCAUAAAUAUUGUCAUAUCGAACAUAUUAGCAAUGAGAUGCUUACAAAUUUGGAACAUGUCUCGAACCUUUCCAUAGUUCAUAGCAAUGUCCAUUCAAUUUCCGAGCUGGCAUUUAAUGGCGUCAAAAAUCUAAACGUUUUGGACCUUUGGUGUAAUUUAGAAUUAGGAUUUGGCAACGCGUCAAGGGGUUUUGGUCACCUAAAUAGCGGCCUAAAAAUGCUCGCAUUAAACAAUAUUGAAAGACGAUAUUAUGUAAUUAUUAAUGAAAGUUUCGCAAGGAGCCUGCACAAUACAUCUCUUACUAAUCUAUACAUAGAAAGCAACAAUAUUUUCAGGUUUGAUGAGAACGCUUUUAUCAAUUUACCAAUUAGUUUAAAGAAGUUGUAUGCUCGCAACAAUAGAUUUGAUCUUGAUUAUUACCUUACGCGAAUGAAAGACUUAACUAAUUUGGAAUUAUUAGACCUCUCAUUAAACAAACUUACGUUUUUCAACAAUGACACAAACCAUGAAUUUUGUUCAUCGGGUUUAACUGAAAUACCAAGGAAAGGAAACAGUCGACUUUUCACGAACGAAAUCAAAAAUGCAGCUUUCCGCAUAGCAGGCUGCAUAAAUGAAGUUCAGAUCGAGAUACCGGCUGUUUUGCCACCUAAACUUGAAACACUUGAUGUUCAUUCUAGUAACAUUGGCAUAGCCGUAUACGGAUACAUGUCUAAAAAUAAUUCAUUAAAAACUGUUUAUGCCUCAAACUCUUUAUUGAACAGUUGGCCGAAUCCUUUUCCCUAUAUCCCUUAAACAUCUUGAAUUGAGUUCCAAUCUUUGUUCCGAUGUUCAUCUAGAUAUACUUAAAGGCCUUCCUUCUCUUGAGUUGCUAGACCUGUCUUGAAAUUAUCUUAGCUUUGCCAUGACAAAUUAUGGUGAUUUAUUUGAAAACAAUAUGCAGCUAAAACAUCUCGAUAUAUGAAGAAAUGAACUUAAGGCAUUAAAUAAUACUCUUUUUAAAAAUCAGAUCAAUAUGAAGUUCUUGAACCUGUCACAAAACAAACUUAAAUCGUUCACCAUUUAUGCAGAGAACUUAACAAAACUUGAAGUGAUAAAUCUUUCACAAAAUUGCUUUUUGACUUU